UUGGUUUUGGCAGACAUGAACAGUAGAAGGAGGAAGGAAGUGUUUAUAUCAGGAUUUGAGUCAUCACCUUUGAGCAAAGCAUUAUUGGGAACUCUUUCCGUAGUAAUUUCUUAUAUCUGACUAGGUUUGUGUUGCCUCAAAGCUACAAUGAGAACAAUAUUUAUGUUGUUUAUCGUGCUGGUUUAUUUGUCUGGUGGUGUCAGAGGUCUUCUUCAAGGAGACACAAAGGAUCGGUUACCAAAUUCUCUACCAGUAAGCGAUAUGCAGGCACAGAUCAUUUCUGCAAAGGACAUGUCAGCACCAGGAGUAUCUAUUGGAAAUAAACCAGAAGCGGGAGUAUCUACUGGAAAGGAAAAGGAAACGACACUGGCACCAGUAGUCUCUCCUGAAAAGGAAACGGCAUCAGCACCAGGAGUCUCUCCUGAAAAGGAAACGGCAUCAGCACCAGGAGUCUCUCCUGAAAAGGAAACGACACUGGCACCAGUAGCCUCUCCUGAAAAGGUAACGGCAUCAGCACCAGGAGCCUCUCCUGAAAAGGAAACGACAUCGGCACCAGUAGACCCGCCUAGAAAGGAAACGGCACCAGUAGACCCGGCUGGAAAGGAAACCCACGGCACACGUGAUGAGGCAGAGAGCAGUCACUUCUUUGCUUAUCUUGUGUGCACAGCUGUGUUGGUGGCAGUGCUCUACAUUAGCUACCACAACAAGCGGAAGAUCAUUGCCUAUUGCGUCGAGGGAAAGAGGUCGAGAUCGGGACGUCGGCCAAAAGGCGCAGAGUACACCAAGCUGGAACAGAAUUAGUGAAGGUGCAUCACUGUCAUGAAGUCAAUGCCAGAAAACUGUGGAUAUAGGUGUUAAGAUGAAAUAAGGCACCAAACUGAUUCCUGGUGAAAGAAGACUUGCUUGGUUUAAUCUAUAUUGAUUUAUUUUUUAUUUUUUAACAAAUGGGUAUUACUUAAUAGAUGUGUCUUUGGAUGCUUAUUGCAUGACUAUGCAGAGGAUACUGUUGCUGAGAAAGAUAAGCAUGCUUGUGUUUGCACUCCUGUGUUAUUGUGCUACUUUGGGGCGUCCUUUGUUUUCUCAGUCAGUCCAUCUGACUGAUAUAAUAACUUGAUGUACUGACUCAGGAUGAUUUUUUUUCACAGAAGAAGUUAUAUUGUGAGGAUUCCAACUGGUCCCUUAGUGUUUGCAAGUACUAUUGGACAGUAGUUGGACACCUGCUAUGAUGACCACAAUGUUGGCCAGAUGAAUGUAAAGGUACUUCUUGUA